GGGCCCGCCUUCCCCGAGUGACGUCGGCGUUUCCCUCUCUCCCGGAAAUAAAGCCCUGGCCGCCUCCCACCCUCGGAGGUUCUUCAGGCGUUACAGAAGGUCGACUCAGUGUUCCAGCAUAUUUCCACCACAGAGCCUGAGACAGCCAUGGUGUGCAUUCCCUGUAUAGUCAUUCCAGUUCUCCUCUGGGUCUACAAACGAUUCCUUGAGCCAUAUCUCUACCCCAUCAUUGGUCCAUUCCUCAAGUGCUUUUGGCCUAAGAAAGCAGUACAGGAAGGGUCAAAAGAAGAUGGAAAGCCCGGCAGUGAAAGUAGGCAUGAGGAAGUGACGCACGAGGCCUCGUUGAAGGAGUCUGAUCUUACUAAAAGUGAAAGCAAUAGUAUGACAAAUGGAUUUGCUGGAAAUGGGCCUACAGAGGUGUCUGACAAAAAGAAUGAUUAAAUAAGCUCAUGCCGUGGGAUUGUGGCUGCUAAAGACAAUAAACUGAUAUGCCUGUUUUUACUUGGAAAUGGCGUUGUACCUCUGGGUGAAUAGAGAUUUGGGAUAUGUGUACAGACACUGAGGGACACAUAAGAUGAUUCCUAUCCCUAUACCUAAAAACCAAUUUUAAUAUAUUGUCUUGCGCCUGAUGAUGUUCGUGUUGGAACAUUUUCCAGUGCUAUGCUGCUGAUCUCUUUUUGCACUAGAUAAUAUUAGAAAUUUUAGGCUAAAGGUAUUGUUAACACUUUAACUGUCAAAUUUACAACUUGUUUCAAACACUUUGUGGAACUGUUUUCACACUUCUAAAGGAGUUCAAGUUCUUAAGUGUUGUAGUGCAAAA